AUGCCCCUUACAUUGGGGGUCAGUGGGAAGAAUGUCCCUUACAUUGGUGAUCAGUGGGAAGAAUGUCCCUUGCAUUAGUGGUCAGUGGGAAGAAUGUCCCUUACAUUGGUGGUCAGUGGCAAGAAUCUUCCUUAAAUUGGUGGUCAGUGGGAAGAAUGUCCCUUACAUUGGGGGUCAGUGGGAAGAAUGUCCCUUACAUAGGGGGUCAGUGGGAAGAAUGCUCCUUACAUUGGUGGUGAGUGGGAAGAAUGUCCCUUACAUUGGUGGUCAGUGAGAAGAAUGUUCCUUACAUUGGUGAUCAGUGGGAAGAAUGUCCCUUAGAUUGGUGGUCAGUGGGAAGAAUGUCCCUUACAUUGGUGAUCAGUGGGAAGAAUGUUCCUUACAUUGGUGGUCAGUGGGAAGAAUGCUCCUUACAUUGGUGAUCAGUGGGAAGAAUGCCCCUUACAUUGGAGGUCAGUGGGAAGAAUGCCCCUUACAUUGGUGGUCAGUGAGAAGAAUGUCCCUUACAUUGGUGGUCAGUGGGAAGAAUGCUCCUUACAUUGGUGAUCAGUGGGAAGAAUGCUCCUUACAUUGGGGGUCAGUGGGAAGAAUUUCCCUUACA